AUGGAGGGAGCCGGCUACAAGGUGGUGUUUGAGAAGGGUGGCGUGUACCUGCACACCAGUGCCAAGAAGCACCAAGACCCGGACUCCCUCAUCGCUGGCGUCAUCCGUGUUGUGGAGAAGGACAGUGAUGUCCUCCUGCAGUGGGUUCCUGUAGAGGAGGCUGGAGAUUCCACCCAGAUUCUCUUCGCCAAGAAGGAUGUGAGUGGGGGUGACGCCUGCACCUCUGAGGAGGAACCGACCUUUGACCCUGGCUACGAACCCGACUGGGCUGUCAUCAGCACUGUGCGGCCACAGCCCCGCCACUCAGAGCCCACUAGAGGUGCAGAGCCCAGCUCUCCCCGGGGCUCCUGGGCCUUCUCGGUGAGUCUGGGGGAGCUCAAGUCCAUCCGCCGGUCUAAGCCAGGGCUCAGCUGGGCCUACCUGGUCCUGGUGACCCAGGCCGGAGGCUCUCUGCCCGCACUGCACUUUCACCGCGGGGGUACACGCGCCCUCCUCCGUGUCCUCAGCCGCUACCUGCUGUUGGCCAGCUCCCCGCAGGACUCCCGCCUCUACCUUGUCUUCCCCCACGACUCCUCAGCCCUCUCCAGCUCCUUCCACCACCUCCAGCUCUUUGACCAGGACAGCUCCAAUGUGGUGUCCCGCUUCCUCCAGGACCCCUACUCCACCACCUUCGGCGGCUUCUCCCGUGUGACCAACUUCUUCCGGGGAGCCCUGCAGCCACACCCAGAGGGGGCCUCCCCCGACCUUCCUCCGCCGCCCGAUGACGAGCCCGAGCCUGGGUUCGAGGUCAUCUCCUGUGUGAGUAUCAGGUGGACCCUGCUGUGUUUUGGCCGUCACCUUGGCGGGCGACCACAUUUCCUUGGGUCCCCUUUUCCACAAUAACAGGGACAAGAGAGCACCACUCUCACCAGAUCGUGGCGACUGGGUGGCUUGCGUCGUGGCCUUGUGUGACCCCUCUCCGGGCCCCUCAGGGAUGAGUAUUUCCGAAUGAAGCUGCAGUGGAAAUCUGUGAGCCCCGAGCAGGAGCGGAGGAACUCACUGCUGCACGGUUACCGCAGCCUCAUCGAGAGAGACGUGAGCCGUACCGACAGGACUAACAAGUUCUAUGAGGGUCCUGAGAACCCAGGGCUGGGCCUGCUGAACGACAUCCUCCUCACCUACUGCAUGUACCACUUCGACCUCGGCUACGUCCAGGGCAUGAGUGACCUCCUCUCCCCGAUCCUUUACGUCGUCCAGAACGAGGUGGAUGCCUUCUGGUGUUUCUGUGGCUUCAUGGAGCUCGUGCACGGGAACUUCGAGGAGAGUCAGGAGACCAUGAAGCGGCAGCUCGGGCAGCUCCUGCUGCUCCUGAGGGUGCUGGACCCGUCGCUCUGCGAUUUCCUGGACUCCCAGGACUCUGGCUCUCUCUGCUUCUGCUUCCGGUGGCUGCUUAUCUGGUUCAAGAGAGAAUUCCCCUUCCCGGACGUCCUUCGGCUGUGGGAGGUGCUGUGGACGGGGCUCCCUGGCCCCAAUCUGCACCUUUUGGUGGCCUGUGCCAUUCUGGACAUGGAACGGGACACCCUCAUGCUUUCCGGCUUUGGCUCCAAUGAGAUCCUCAAGCACAUCAAUGAGCUGACCAUGAAGCUGAGCGUGGAGGACGUGCUGACGCGGGCCGAGGCCCUCUACCGGCAGCUGACCGCCUGCCCGGAGCUGCCCCACAACGUGCAGGAGGUCUUGGGUCUGGUGCCACCCACAGAGCCCCACAGCCCCUCGCCCCCUGCCUCCCCACUGCCUCUGUCGCCCACCCGGGCCCCACCGGCCCCACCGCCCCCCGAGGACACAGCCCCGCAGCCGGACAGCAGCCUGGAGAUCCUGCCGGAGGAGGAGGAAGAGGAGGGGGAGGAAGAGGAAAGCGUGAAGUCUUAA